GGCUCCUCUUCGUCAUCGACUACGUCACCCGCACUUCCGGUUUGGGCGGAAGACAACAGUGGAAGUAUUCGGCUUGUAUGUAAAUGUCAAAAUAGCCUAACACAAGCUCGUAUUCUUGUUUUGGGCGCUGCGUGGGACCAAAGACAACCACGUCGACAUGUUUUCCUUCCACCUCUUUGACCACCCGAUGUCCCGUGGCUUCCAGAACCGCUUUUCCACUCAGUACCGAUGCUAUUCUGUGUCGAUGCUGGCGGGUCCCAACGACCGCUCCGACGUGGAGAAGGGAGGAAAAAUCAUAAUGCCACCUUCAGCGCUUGACCAGCUCAGCAGACUUAAUAUCACCUACCCAAUGCUCUUCAAGCUGACCAAUAAGAACUCAGACCGAAUGACACAUUGUGGUGUUCUUGAAUUUGUGGCAGAUGAGGGAAUCUGCUAUCUUCCACACUGGAUGAUGCAGAAUCUGCUGCUGGAGGAAGGCGGUCUGGUCCAGGUUGAGAGUGUUAACCUCAUGGUGGCCACCUACUCCAAGUUCCAGCCGCAGAGUCCGGACUUUUUGGAUAUUACAAACCCCAAAGCAGUCCUGGAGAAUGCUUUGAGGAACUUUGCGUGCCUGACCACGGGUGAUGUCAUAGCCAUCAACUAUAAUGAAAAGAUUUAUGAGCUGCGUGUGAUGGAGACCAAGCCAGACAAAGCAGUAUCCAUCAUUGAGUGUGACAUGAAUGUGGAUUUUGAUGCGCCGCUCGGUUACAAAGAGCCCGAACGCAGGCCUCAUCACCAAGAAGAACCGAGUGAGGAGGACGCAGAUCCAAGCACUUACGCCGAUAUGGACACACGAUUCCGAGCCUUCACCGGUUCUGGCAACCGUUUGGAUGGUAAAACCAAAGGGAUCGAGCCCAGCCCUGCUCCGCUGGGCCCCAGCGACAUUAUCAGAGGUAUCCCCAACUACGAGUUUAAAGUCGGCCGGAUCACGUUCAUUCGAAACUCGAGGCCACUGCCGAGAAGAAUGCCUGACGAUGAUGACGCCAUGAACAGAUUCAUCGCCUUCUCCGGAGAAGGACAAUCAUUACGCAAGAAGGGCAGAAAGCCAUGAUGAGCUCUGGCAAAAAAGAUUUGAAGGCUCAUGUGCACAAACACACACACAACAUGUCUUGUCACCUACGCCUGCAAAGGGAAAACAUUCUUUCAGGCACACCGAGACAACGCUUUGAAAUUGCAGUUGUGCUGUGGAAGUUGGCUUGUACUUGAUUACAACUGGGGCAGUCCCUUUUUUGUUGAAUUGAAGCUGCGAUACAUAAAAUGCUGCCAGCAUUGAUUUUUGUACUCCCAAAUGUGUUGGUGGUUGGUUUAAAUUAUUUUACCAAAACAUGACCAAGAUUCACCUUUGAAGCAUUUUUAUUCGGAUUUGAUUUGCCUCUUACUUGAAGGUUACGUUUGCCUGCUAUUUUCCAUUGUUGACGAUUUACAGUCCACUUCAUACAUUUUGCUCCCCAAUUAUGGCCCAUUGUUGUGACAAAAUGGGUGCAAUAUUUUUUGAACUUGAUCUUAAUAAUGAUGAGAAAUGUGUUGAAUUUUUCCAGUUAUUUUAGGGAUCUCGAAUAUUUUCUUUUUUCUUUAUUUAUAGAUGAAUAAAGGAUUGUUAAAAGUG